CUGCGCUCAGUGCUAGGAAUUCACGUCAUUUCGCCACUAACGCAUCCAAAUCAAUGAGCACUGCGUUGUACGCCUUCUACAGUGAAGUCUUCCAGGAAGAAAUUAACCAUCGCCACGCCAAAAUGUAGCGCACAACAGCGCCAGGGAAAACAAAGAAGUUGAAUGCGCUUUUACAGAAACUAUACGCAAAAAUGGAUUAACUAACAGACACAAACAUUCAUUGCCGUGCGAAUGUAACCAAAUCCAGGACAAGGAGACGGACGUGGGUGGUUUUUCAGGGUUACUUCAAGGAAAAAAGGGGAAAGGAAAGUGGAAACAGGAGAACUUCCUGAAUUUAAACAAGACAUGUCCGAUUCCCCGUCGCAGAUCACGAUCAAGCAGGAGAGGAGCCCGUUCAACCCUUCCGCGAGCCCACUGCCAAACUCUACUUCCUCUCCCUUCCAUGCGCCCGCCGCCCCCACCCCCACCCCCACCAACGCCCCACCAGCCAGCAGGAUGGAGGACGAGCCAGGCAGGCUGCCGACACACCUGCGUCUGCAGCCGGUGUUCUGGAGCCGUGAUGACGUGGCCCAGUGGUUGCGCUGGGCGGAGCAGGAGUUUGCGCUCAGGCCCAUCCCCAGCAGGAGCUUCCAGAUGAACGGCAAGGCCCUGCUGCUGCUGACCAAGGAGGACUUCCGCUACCGCUCCCCCCACUCAGACUAA